GACUUUGGCGGAUUUUGGAUUUAAAACUUACAGAGACUCCAACGUUGAAGUUGCUCAAUUGCACCAGCAGGAAGACGCGACUGCUAUAGCGAGACGGGGUUUUCUUUUUGUUGCACAAGGUUUUGAGCAAUAUUUGUCGUGAAUCAGAAUGGAAGAAACAGUGAAUCAACCUCUACUUGGAGACCAGGGCACAAGGCCACCUCGUAGCUUCCUACUCUCUUCAUGCUCUUCUGCAAUUGAAAGUUGGAGAAGUUCUUCCAUUUUGAGAGGAUCAAUUAUAACGUCUACAGAGGAGAGAAAGUUACAGAAAAGCUACUUUGAAGUGCUGGGUAUUUGCUGUUCAACAGAGGUUUCCCUGGUUGAGAAUAUACUCAAGUCUCUUGAUGGAAUCAAAGAGUUUUCUGUUAUUGUUCCAACAAAAACUGUCAUUGUUCUCCAUGAUAACCUUCGUGUUUCUCAGCUUCAAAUUGUUAAGGUGCUAAAUCAGGCAAGGCUAGAAGCAAAUGUAAGAGCAUAUGGAGAGACCAACCACCAGAAAAAAUGGCCUGGCCCAUUCAUAAUUGCUUGUGGUGUGUUAUUUCUACUCUCAUUUUUGAAAUACGUGUACUAUCCUUUGCGGUGGCUGGCUCUUGGUGCGGCGGUUGUCGGCAUAUUUCCGGUUGUCAAAAAAGGCUUUGCAUCCUUGAGGAAUCUUAGGAUUGAUAUAAGCAUUCUAGUUCUGAUUUCUGUGAUAGGGACAAUUGCGAUGGCUAACUAUACUGAAGCUGCAACCAUUGUCUUUCUGUUCACUGUUGCAGAAUGGCUUGAGUCGAGGGCAAGCCACAAGGCAAGUUCGGUGAUGCAGUCAAUGAUGAGCAUUGCUCCUCAAAAAGCUGUCAUCGCUAAAACUGGGGAAGAAGUAGAUGUUGGCAAUGUCGAGUUGAACACCAUCCUUGCAGUUAAGGCUGGUGAGCUCAUACCCAUGGAUGGAGUUGUAGUAGAUGGUGAAUGUGAAGUGGAUGAGAGAACUUUAACUGGGGAGUCAUUUCCUGUUGCAAAACAAAUUGAUUCCAUUGUCUUGGCUGGCACUAUCAACGUGAAUGGUUACGUUAGUGUAAAAACAACUGCUUUAGCUGAAGACUGUGUGGUGUCUAAGAUGGCAAAGCUAGUGGAAGAAUCUCAAAACAGCAAGUCAAAAACUCAGAGAUUCAUUGACAAAUGUGUCCAGAUAUAUACCCCAGUGGUGAUCAUUAUAUCAGCUUGUCUUGCCGUGAUCCCAGCUGCAUUAAGAGUUAACAAUCGCAACCACUGGUUUCACUUGGCUUUAGUUGUUUUAGUAAGUGCAUGCCCCUGUGCCCUUGUCCUCUCAACCCCUGUUGCAAGUUUCUGUGCACUUACAAAGGCAGCAGCAUCUGGUCUUCUAAUCAAAGGGGGCGAUUAUCUUGAAAUUCUUGCCAAAAUCAAGCUCAUGGCUUUUGACAAAACUGGCACAAUAACUAGAGGUGAAUUUGUUGUCACUGAUUUCCGAUCUCUUUGCAAUGACAUUAAUCUCAACUCAUUGCUUUACUGGGUUUCAAGCAUUGAGAGUAAGUCAAGUCACCCCAUGGCAGCUGCGCUUGUGGACUACGGAAGGUCACUUUCCAUCGAGCCGAAGUCAGAAGAUGUGGAAGAAUUUCAGAAUUUUCCUGGGGAAGGAAUUUAUGGAAGAAUUGAUGGGAUAGAUGUGUAUAUUGGAAAUAAAAAAAUCGCUCUUAGAGCUGGGUGUGGAACAGUUCCAACUCGGGAAGGUGAUUCACGGGGUGGAAAGACUGUUGGAUACAUAUAUGUUGGGGCAUCCCUGGCUGGAAUUUUCAGUGUCUCUGAUGCUUGUCGAUCAGGAGUUAUUGAGGCUGUAGAGGAGCUUAAGUUACUGGGAAUUAAAACUGCCAUGCUAACUGGAGAUAGUAAUGCAGCGGCAUUGCAUGUACAACAACAGCUAGGCAAUGUCCUAGAGUUAGUCCAUGCCGAGCUUCUUCCUGAAGACAAGGGAACAAUUAUUAAAGGAUUUAAGAGGGAAGGGCUGACUGCCAUGAUUGGAGAUGGCAUUAACGAUGCUCCAGCAUUAGCAAUUGCAGAUAUUGGGAUUUCAAUGGGCAUUGCAGGGUCAGCUCUUGCAACCGAGACAGCGCAUGUGAUUCUUAUGUCAAAUGACAUUAGAAAAAUACCUAAAGGCAUUCAACUUGCUAGAAAAGCUAGUAGAAAAGUUAUUGAAAAUGUCAUGUUGUCAUUUUCUCUUAAGGCAGCCAUCCUUGGCUUGGCCUUUGCAGGUCAUCCACUUAUUUGGGCAGCCGUUCUUGCUGAUGCCGGGACAUGCUUGCUAGUAAUUUUUAACAGCAUGCUGCUUUUGCGAGGAAUUGACAAACCUGGAGCAAAUACAAGCACGCAUAAAAUUAGAUGCAAUACCACUGGUGAUAGCCAGUUUUCUGAUAACCGUCAGCAUUGUUGCUCCAAGAAAAAGCCCCAGGAGGUGUCUGAGAAGAAAGCCAAGGAGUCAUGUGUGACCAAGAAUUGUUGUAAACAAUCAUGUCAGCCCAAGUCUAUGAGUUCUGACUCAUGUGGGAAUACCAUUCAGUCUUGUUGCUCUGAGAAGAAAGCCGAGGAGUUAUGUGAGACCGAAAAGUGUUGUAAACAAUCAUCCGCUUCAAAAUAUCAGCCUGAGCCUUCCAGUUCUGAUUCAUGCGGGAACAGCCUUCAGCCUCAUUGCUCUGAGAAGAAAGCUGAUAAGUUAUGUGAGACUGAGAAGUGUUGUACACAAUCAAGUCAGCCCAAGUCUCUUAGUUCUGACUCAUGCAAGAAUAGCCGCCAGAAAUGUUGCUCUGAGAAAAAAGUCCUGGAAAUAAGUGAGAAAAUUUGUUGUACACAAAUAUGUCCUUCAGAAUGUCAGCCGAGGCCCUUCAGUUCCGGCUCAUGUGGGAAUGACAAGUGCAUUGACUCAGCUGACAUUAAUAGACCUCAAUCUGGCAAGGCGAAGUGCUGUGAUCAAGGCAACUGUGACAUGGUCCAUACAGAUGUGACGGCACAAGAAAGACACAACUAUGGCUGUUCUGUUGCUAAAAGUUCGAUCUCGCCCACAGAAGACAAGAGUGAACGUUCACUUGAACAGCAGGCUGACUGCACAGAAGCUGUUGAGAAGUAUGUAGUGAAAAAUUGCCGCUGUUGCAAGCGUCAGAAUCAAGACCUGGCUGGGCAUCAAGAUUUGAUCAGCAAACGACUUCAUACAACCAUUGAUAUUCCAACGGAUUCAUACUAAGCAUUACCAGUGGAUUUGCUAGCAUCUGGCUUUGAUUUGUGCUACUCAUCUCUUGAUCAAACAUGGUAGGAGCUACGCAGUUCUAGACUCUGAAGUAGUAGUAUAAAUAACAGUGAACUUGAUAUGAUAAUUUGUGCUGCUCAUGUUUUGAUAAAACAUUGUAAGAGAGAAUUAUAUACUUCUUGAUUGAAAUCAUUGAGUUAGUGAAUGAAUUAGUUGUGAAAUGAGAUGGUCAGGUCUAUUGUAAA